AUGGCCGCCGCCGCUGACCCGCAGAUUGAGAAGCUCCAGGAGCAGAUCCACAAGGGCACAGAAGAGACCAAAUCGUAUCUCGCCUCGCUCAAGGAACGUCUCGCCGAAUACGACGCGCAGUACAGCGUCUCGGAGACCGCGAGCUCGUUCCUGCAGGCGGCUAUCGAGCGCACGCACAAGUCGGUGGACGAGCUGAAGGAACUGGGCGAGACGCUCAAGGACAAGUCCAAGAGCUCGUCGGCACCGGUCGUGGACGCGGCCAAAGUAUCGUUCAGCAAAGUGCAGGCAGCACUGGACGGGCUAAAGGAACGCGGCCGCAGCUACGACGACCAGUUUCGUGCCAGUGUCACGAGCUCUGUGGACUCGGUCAAAGGCGGUGUGUCGUCGGCCACGAGCUCCGUGUCCACGUCGAUUGAGCACAUUGUGGUAGCUACGCGCGAGCGCAGCAGCUCGAGCUUUGAGCAGCUCAAGGAGACCCUCUUUAGCGCCGGAUAUGGUGCCUACGUGGCUGCCGGUGGUGUUGUAGGCAAGGCCGAAGAGCUGGACGGUCGCUACGGUGUCGUGGACACCGUUUCGGGCGUGGUGGGCGCAGUGGCUGGCAAGGUGUCGGAUUUGGACCGUGCACUGGGCGUGUCGGCGACGGCCAUGAAGGUGGACGACAAGGUAACGGGCGGCAUCGGCACGGGUCUUGUGAACAAGGGCAUCGACCUUGUCAACAGCUCGGUGGAGUACGUGGCCGGUGCGCUGCAGCAGGCCAAGAUGGCAGCUACCGAGGAGUCAAAGGAGAAGGAGUCCAAGACGCUUGAAGACGCUGCGGAAGUAAGUAAGACAAGCCCGAAGGACGUCUAG